AUGACAUCAAGGUUGACAUUCCUGAAUUCGAGGGAAGGCUCCAGCCAGAUCAGUUUGGAGAUUGGCUGCAAACUGUUGAACGAACGGAAGCGAGAACGUGAGGGAAAGCACAAGAUUGAGACCUGGGAGAAAAUGAAAUGCCAGCUCACUAAGAAAUUUUUACCAGAUCAUUACCACCAGGAUAAUUUUAUCCAGUUGCAAAAUCUUCGACAGAGAUCUUUAUCUGAGAAGGAGGAGCAAAUAAUAGCCCGGUACCUUGCAGGCUUAAACACAGAUAUCAGUCGUUCAGUCCAGCUUCAACAAUAUUGGACCUUAGAUGAUGUCAUCCGUCUAGCCAUGCGUGUUGAGAAGCAGAUGCCCAAGAGAUCCACUUUCCAGCCUUCGUCCUCUAGGGGUUAUUCAGAAGGCCGUAAGGUAGAAUUUCAGCAGACCAACUCCUCAAGCAAGCCACAACCUACUGCUAUGCGCAAACCACCAUCCAAUGCUGCCAAGGAAACUGGUUCUAAAGAAAUCAAAUGCUUUAAAUGCCAAGGAUUUGGCCACAUUACUACAGACUGUCCUACUCGAAGGGUUGUCACCAUUAGGGAAGGAUCAGGGUAUGAAGCGAUUGAAGAAGAUGAGGAAGACGCUGAGUUCUACGGCACUGAUCCCGUAUAUGACGAGAAGGUCACACCUGCUGAUCAAGGAGAAGCAUUGGAGGAAUUCAAGGUGUCAAAAUCUGAAGCCCAAAUGAUGAGCUUUAUUCUGGUGCUUGAGGUGAACGACGAGAUGGCCAAUCCACCUGGAGUCAUUCCGUUAUUGUCAGAAUUUCCAGAUGUAAUAUCCGAUGAGAUACCACCAGGGUUGCCUCCAAUGCGAGACAUACAGCAUGCCAUUGACUUCAUUCCAGGAGUAGUCAUUCCUAAUAAGCUUGCUUAUAGGAUGAGUCCCCAGGAACAUGCCGAAGAUGGAAGUUGGAAAAUGUGCAUUGACUGUCGAGCCGUCAACAAGAUCACUAUUAAGUAUCGGUUUUUGAUACCUCGGCUUGAUGAUAUGCUGGACCAGUUGCAUGAUUGCACCAAAGGAGAGAAGUUUCAGCGGACAGAGCAAGCUCAGAAAAGCUUUGAGGAGCUUAAGAAGAAGUUGACCGAAGCUCCAGUCCUAGUUCUUCCUAACUUUGACCAAGUGUUUGAAGUUAGCUGUGAUGCUUCUAACACCGGUAUUAGUGCUGUCUUAAGCCAGGAGGGCCAUCCCAUUACCUUUUUUAGUGAGAAGCUCAAUGAUGCCAAGCUCAGAUAUUCUACUUAUGACAAAGAAUUCUAUGCCAUUAAGAUCAGCCGCAGACAUGCUCGUUGGAGUGAACUCUUACAAUCUUAUCCAUUCCUUAUCAAACAUAAGGCUAGAACUCUGAACUCCGUAGCUGAUGCCCUUAGUUAUCGCCAUGUGCUACUUACAACACUACAAACUAAGGGUUCCUUGAGAGAAGCCAUAAUUUGGGAAGCACAUGACGGUGGAUUAGCAGGACAUUUUGGACGGGAUAAAACAGUUGACCUGGUGAAGGAGAACUUUUACUGGCCUCGACUUGAACUGGAUGUCAACAGGCAUAUACAAAGAUGCAGGAUUUAUCACUUGGCUAAAUCCAAGGGUCAGAAUACCGGACUAUACAUGCCUCUGCCAAUUCCAGAAGCACCUUGGGAAGAUAUAACUAUGGAUUUUGUUCUGGGUUUACCACGGACUCAGAGGCAAAAAGAUUCUAUCAUGGUAGUUGUGGAUCGUUUCUCAAAAAUGGCCCAUUUCGUUCCAUGCCAGAAGACUAAUGAUGCUGUUCAAAUACUAUGGAAGAAGAUGGGAACUAAGCUCCAGUUUAGCAGCGCUAGUCAUCCCCAGACAGACGGCCAAACUGAAGCAAUAAACAGGAUUCUUGUGCAAAAGAUCAACAACAAUGCUUACAAGGUGGAAUUACUUGGUUCUUAUGAUGUAUCUGCCACCUUCAAUGUCGCUAAUCUAUCUCCGUAUGUUGAUGAAGAUGAUGAAUUUAACUCGAGGGCGAGUUCUGCCCAACCUGAGGAGGAUGAAACGGAGAGAGCAGAAACGGGAGACGCAUAA